AUGAAUUCAUCAACUACUACAAUGGAGAUGUUUUAUCCACCUUUAAAAUUAAAUUUCAAUGUGACAUCGGAUGAUCCAUUAUUGUCAACAAAUAAUUUCCUUUCACUCGACAAUUCAUAUCUAUUUGCAAAGUCACAACAAUUUCAACAACAAUUAUAUUCUCUUACCCAUUGGGAUUAUCACUAUUUCCAAGAUGGAGAUAAUUUCCUAACAAAUAAUUUUGGUUUAAAAUCGAUUCCUUUAAACAAUAUUGAUGUUAUUAAAUGUAUUUCAUAUUUCUUUUUCCUACCAAUGAUUGCUUACUAUGCCAUAUCUAUUGGAUUUUUAAAACUUUCUCCAUAUAUUCUGUCCGAAGAAUCACAACUCAAAGUUCAUGAACUUGCAAAGACCAAAAAAUAUCAUGAAAUCGUUCAAAGAUUGAUUCGAUCACUCUAUGUUUUGUAUUUGUUUUAUCAUUUUUGGAAAAAUGUAAUGUCUUUUCACAAGGAUGAAAUAGAUCCAUACUUUAUUGCUGCUGCCUAUGCCAUCUAUCACAUGGCAGAUACUUGCAUUUUAUUUUUCUAUCAAUCAAAACAUAUUGACAUGUAUCUUCAUCAUGCAUGUGCUGUUAUUUCUCUUUCAAUUAUGGUGUUUGGAGUUAAUAAGGGAUUAUAUCCAAUUUUAAUGUCUGGAUGUGUUGAUAUCCUUUCAGUUUUCUCCUUUUUCUUAUUUGCAAUGAAGAGUUUUGGAAAAUCAUAUAAUUACUUUUAUGUUUUUUGUUUGGCAAUGUCAAAUGUUAUCAUUUUAUUUUAUCGAGCUCCAAUUCAUAUUCAUUUGUUGCAACACCUUUACAAUGGUAAUUUCCCAGGUGGAAUAUUAUGGUGUAUCCCAAAUAUUAUUAUUCUUUUACUUGAUGCUAAAUGGUUCCAUAGUAUUUUCAAAAGUUUAAUCUAUUCAAUUAAAUCAAUUCAAAAAAUCAAAUCAAAUUAA